AUGGAAGAUUAUAAAGUGGCAACUGCUAUGUCCCCCACCCAUUAUCUUGACCAUGCCAAACUGUUUCUUAAGCAGGAUUCCACAUCGUCAUUAAUUUCUGGUGGAAUAGCGGGUGCGGUAUCCCGUACCGUAGUAUCACCUUUUGAACGAGCCAAAAUCCUUCUCCAACUACAAGGACCAGGUUCUAAUCACGCUUAUAAUGGGAUGUUUAGAAGUAUAGCGCGGAUGUAUACCGAAGAAGGGUGGCGUGGGUUGUUUCGUGGGAACACCUUGAAUUGUAUUAGGAUAUUUCCAUACAGUGCCGUUCAAUAUUCGGUAUUUGAAAAAUGUAAACAGUUGAUGGUUCAAUGGAGCCCUAGAGAAUCAAACAUGUGCACUGAUGGGGAGAGGUUGAUUGCUGGGAGUAUUGGUGGGAUUGCUUCUGUUGCAGUGACUUAUCCGCUCGACCUAGUUCGUGCGCGUAUCACUAUUCAAACUGCCAGUCUCAAUAAAUUAAACAAGGGGAAACUAGCCAAACCUCCAUCAGUCAUUCAAACACUUCGGGAUGUGUAUACUCAUGAAGGUGGAUUCGUUGCCCUUUACCGGGGUAUUGUCCCUACUACAUUAGGAGUAGCCCCUUAUGUGGGGAUUAACUUUGCAUUAUACGAAAAAAUCAGAAACUAUAUGGAUGCCUCUGAACACGACUUCUCGAACCCAGUAUGGAAAUUAUCAGCAGGUGCAUUCAGUUCUUUUGUUGGUGGUGUCAUAAUUUAUCCGCUUGAUGUGUUGAGAAAACGUUAUCAAGUUGCAAGUAUGGCCGGCGGAGAGUUGGGGUUUCAAUAUAGAUCUGUGGCCCAUGCAUUAGUAUCGAUCUUUAAGACCGAAGGUUUUUUUGGUGCAUACAAAGGAUUGUCUGCCAAUUUAUAUAAGAUCGUACCAUCAAUGGCAGUAAGCUGGCUCUGCUAUGACUCAUUAAAGAAGGCAUUUAGUGAGUGGUGA